CUCAGCCGGGCCUCCUGCGUGGGGGACAGCCUGGCCGGAACCGUUGGCCUGGAGCCGUGUCCGCAGAUGGCUCCGGUGGCCACCACGGCCUCAGGUGGUCAGGUUGGGGCCUGAGGGCCUGAGACCCUAGAAGAUGCACGCCCCACCCCCACAGAUGUGGCAGCGCCAGGGUGGGGUGAUCACCCUUCUAGCAUCUAUCUGAAGGACUCUUAGCCGAGAGUCACAAAUUCCUAGCAUUCCCGGUGCCAGGUCAGGACCAGGAGAGGGGGCAGGGGAGCGGGUACAGGCCCCACCUAGGGCAGAGGCCACAGCAGUGAGAGGCAGACGGAGCCAGGAGCCUGGACGGGAGGCAGGAUGGUGGCAGGGGCUGUGGCCGGAGCCUGGGUGCUGGCCCUCAGUCUGUGGGGGGCAGGGGCCGUGGCGGGCUGUCAGAACGUCACGGCCGCGAUCGGGAAGCCGCUGGUGCUCCGCUGUAAGGGUGCUCCCCGGAAGCCACCCCAGCAGCUGGAAUGGAGACUGCACACAGGCAGGACGGAGGCCUGGAAGGUCCUGUCUCCCCAGGGAGGCUCCUGGGACAGCGUGGCUCGAGUCCUCCCCAACGGCUCCCUCCUCCUGCCGGCGGUGGGGGUCCCCGACGAGGGGACUUUCCGGUGCCGGGCGGUGAGCCGCAAAGGAAAGGAGAUCAAGUCCAACUACCAAGUCCGAGUCUACCAGAUCCCCGGGAAGCCCGAGAUCGUGGACCCCGCCUCUGAGCUCCAGGCCGGCGUCCCCAACAAGGUGGGGACGUGUGUGUCCGAGGGGGGCUACCCCGCAGGGACUCUCAGCUGGCACUUAGAUGGGAAACCCCUGGUGCCCGAUGGCAAAGGCGUGUCCGUGAAGGAAGAGAGCAGGAGACACCCCGAGACAGGGCUUUUCACGCUGCAGUCAGAGCUGACGGUGACCCCAGCGCAGGGGGCAGCGCCCCGCCCCACCUUCUCCUGCAGCUUCCGCCCCGGCCGGCCCCGGCGCAGAGCCCUGCACACAGCCCCCCUCCAGCUCAGCGUCCAGGGCGAGCCCGCAGCCCCGGAGCCGGGGCCGCAGGUCCAACUGGUGGUGGAGCCGGAAGGCGGAGCAGUAGCUCCCGGUGGCACUGUGACCCUGACCUGUGAGGCCUCCGCCCAGCCCCCUCCUCAAAUCCACUGGGUCAAGGACGGCACCCCCCUACCCCAUCCCCCCAGCCCAGUGCUGCUCCUCCCUGAGGUAGGGCCUCAAGAUCAAGGAGUCUACAGCUGUGUGGCCACCCACCCCAGCCACGGGCCCCAGGAGAGCCGUGCUGUCAGCAUCAGCCUCAUCGAAACGGGCGAGGAGGGGCCUGCCGCAGGCUCUGUGGGAGGGCCUGGGCUGGGAACCAUAGCCCUGGCCCUGGGCAUCCUGGGAGGCCUGGGGGCAGCCGCCCUGCUCAUUGGGGUCAUCGUGUGGCAAAGGCGCCGCCGCCGAGGAGAGGAGAGGAAGGCCCCGGACAACCAGGAGGAGGAGGAGGAGGAGCGUGCAGAGCUCAACCAGUCCCAGGAGCCCGAUGCAGUCGAGGGCAGUGCAGGAGGGCCUUGAGGGGCCCCCGGCCACCCCUUCCCUCACUCCCUUUUCUGUUCCCCACACUGUUUUGGCCCCAGACCAUUUCUCCCUGUCUAACCUCCACUCACCUCGCCUCACGUCCUUUCACAACCAGAGCCUGCCACAAACAGCGAUGAGUAAACACCCCGCGUAACCUUGCUCCCUUUGCCUGUGUGUGUGUGUGUGUGUGUGUGUGUGUGUG